AUGCAAUUUAAAGAAGAAUUGAUUAAUGUGAUUAUCAAUUUGAUUGAAGAAUUAUUUGAAUGCAAACUUAAUUCCAUUAUGCAAGAAGUAUUAUAAUAAAUAAACAUAGGUUAAUGAUAAACUUACUCGUAUGCAUUAAGAUAUAGAAAAUAUGUAGGAUGUACUUGUUAAACACUUUUCACAUCAAAUAGCUCAUUC